CUUUUCACACUUUCCCGCGCCUCCUUUCGAUUCGGCCCUUGCUCAGUUCCUGACGUGCUGCCGUGCUGGACUUCUGCCAAGUGGGAGAAACGCCAACUGGUGCGUUGCCUAGGACGACGCCAGCCAAUCUUUCAUGCAGAUGCUCAUGAGGCACGAGCUCAUUUGCAAGCCAGCUGAUUCAGGUUUCCAGGGACUCUAGCAAUGGGGGACGACGUUUCCGAGGCGGAGCUUGCUGACAGGGUAAAUAAGGCACUCGAGGCGUAUGCUCUAAAGAAAGGGGCAAAGUCGCACAUUUGGAUAUGCGUGACAGAGGACAAUGGUCCCGUGGGUGGCUGCUCCCCAAACUUGAGGCCUUACGGGCCUGGGUUGAUGGAUGAAGUGGAAAAGGCAACAGGAAAGAGGAUUGUGGUGACGGACGGCUCGCUGCAGCCGAACCUGUUGACAGCGGAGCAGGUGUUCAACGCAGCCGCCAAGACAAAGCACGUGGAGAUCCAUCCAAUUGUGGCGCUUCUCAUCAACGGGAUGAACGAGCUCAACAACCACAAGAUCCCCCGCAUCAACGCCCUCACCGACCCCAGCACUGUUCCGGAGUGGUUUCCUUUCAGCGCAGACAAGUACGCGGCGCGCGCCCAGAAGAUGGACCUUCCGGAGCUGUUCAAGGUGAUGGACGUCGUGUUUGCUUCCAUCCGGGGGGACCUCCCCAAGAUCAAGAAGCUGCACACGAUGCUGGAGAACGUGUUCAAGUCCGGCUGCUGCUCCAUCGGCACGCGCGCCGCGGUUGACGCCUUCUUCGACUUCCUCACGCAGGACGCCAUGCAGCCCGUGGUCACAGAGGCGCUGAGCGGGCUGUUCCGGAAGCGGCUCCAGUCGGAGCUCGAGAACGGGAGCGGGGUCCAGGAGAAGCGGAGGAGAGGGGACGGAGACGGGGGCACGGGAGACAAGGCGGAGCCAGAGAGCGACGAGUCGCCUGAGGACCGGCGGCAAUGGAGCAAUCCGAGCGACACCAGCAGCCUUUCCUUCCUAUGGCCUUUCGAAGACUCGUUACAGAGUCCGGCUCUCGUUCAACGCGCGACACGGUGAUAUCGCAAACCAUUUUCUAGGCUCAUGCAUUUGUAGUCAAAUGGAAACCACAAGGGGUCAGCGAGGCCGGCUUUUUGGUAACCCUAGUUUGCAUGUAUAUGUUUUCACCUACACAAUAGCGGUUGGUUUGAAGGUUUAGCAACGAGUUGGGGUUAAGCUCAUCGUAACCGAUGGGUGGAUGUAGCAGGCUCCGGAGUUGUUGAAAAGUGCUGCAAUAUGCGGCCAAAAUGGGUGUCAAAAGGUAUCUCUGGGUUGACCAUGCAGUCAAACACGUCGACGUUCUUGCUUAGUGUGUUAAUAUAGUAGGGGAAAGGCAGACACGAGGCCGUUAGCUUGCAGCUACGUGCAUUUGGAGGGCUCGAUGCUCGACAUGCUUCCAUGCAGAGGCCUGAGCGUACUUAAUCUAAACAAAUACAUACUCCUAAGUUGAUGUCAGACUUGGCUGUGGUUUAGGUCCGACCAACCUUUCUGGAUGCAGGAUGAGUCCACUUAGUUUAUAUUUGACUGAGGAUAUACAAGAUUCGGAGUCCCCAAAACAGUGUCGUGUCGUAUAAUUAUCCACUUACAGGCAACUUGGCGUCAGCCACUGAAAUAUGCU